AUGCGUAUACUGUUCUUGCUGGGCCUUAUGGGCCUAGCUACUGGGACAGUAUUGGAAGAUUGUACGUGUUCGUAUACUAUCACCGUGACGAAGACGAAGACGAAGACUUUAACUGUUGCUCCGACUGCACCUGGGCCUACUGAGGUGGCUACUACUUCUCCGACUUCAACAGGCAAAACCCAGCGAGGUCGUUACUACUUCUACGACUUUACCUGGACCCAUCGAGGUCGGGACUACUACGACUUUACCCAGCGAGGUCGUUACUACUUCUACGACUUUACCUGGACCCAUCGAGGUCGGGACUACUACGACUUUACCCAGCGAGGUUGUCACUACUUCUACGACGUUACCUGCGAGGUUGUUACUUCUACGACUUCACCCAGCGAGGUCACUACUUCUACGACUUUACCCGGACUCAGCGAGGUCGGUACGACUUCUACGACUUUACCCAGCGAUGUCGAUACUACUUCUACGACUUCACCCAGCGAGGUUAUCACUACUUCUACGACUUUACCCGGACCCAACGAGGUUGUCACUACUUCUACGACUUCACCAGGAACCACUGAGCUCAUCACUACUUCUACAACUUCGCCAGGACCUACCGGAGUUACUAGUGUUGAUCCGACCGUGCCAGGAACUACUGAGGUCGUUACUACUUCUACAACUUCGCCAAGACCCAGCGAAGUUGUUACUACUUCUCCGACUUCACCAGGGCCUACUGGGGUUACUAGUAUUGAUCCGACCGUGCCAGGACCCAGUGAAGUCGUUACUACUUCUACGACUUUACCAGGACCCAGCGAAGUUGUUACUACUUCUCCGACAUCACCAGGGCUUACCGGGGUUACUACUGUGGAUCCGACCGUGCCAGGAACUACUGAGGUCGUUACUACUUCUACGACUUUACCAGGACCCGCUGAGGUUGUUACUACUUCGACUUCACCCGGACCUAACAACGUCGUUACUCCUUCUCCAACUUCACCUGGGCCCAGCGAGGUCGUCACUAUUUCCCCAACUACACCUGGACCCAGCGAGGUUGUUACAAUCUCCCCGACAUUACCUGGACCCAGCGAGGUUCUUACUAUUUCUCCGACCUUACCCGGGCCCAGUGAGGUCGUUACAAUCUCUCCGACCUUACCUGGACCUAGCGAGGUUGUUACCACUUCUCCAACUUCACCUGGACCCAGCGAGAUCGUUACUAUUUCUCCAACUACGCCUGGAACCACUGAAGUUGUUACUACUUCUCCCACUUCGCCCGGACCUACUGGGAUCGUUUCAAUCUCUCCGACUUCACCUUGCCCUACCGAGGUUGUUACGACUUCUCCGACUUCCCCUGGACCAGAGCCUGGGGAUGGCGAUUCCUCUACCCUGAUCGUCUGCAAGAACCCCUCCAAAGGCCAAUAUUUAACUGUCACAGCUGCCCUAGCUGCCAUUCCCGAUAAUGGCAGACCGUACACAAUCUACAUCAAAUCCGGAAUAUACGAAGAGCAAAUCACCAUAUCGCGAAAAGGCAGAGUGGUCCUCCGCGGAGAGACCUCGUUCAAGAACGAUUUCACGAAGAAUACUGUCACGAUUCAGUACUCUGAUGCGGCUACCACAUCCUCAAGUGACAAAGAAAAGACCGGAGUCAUCACUGUCGAAGAUACCGGUGGAGAAACGGUGGUUGCGCUGUACAACAUCAACUUCAAAAACACAUCUCCCCGAAGAGACAACACCGAAGGACUAGCUGCGGAUUUUGACGGUCUCGUAGCGGCCUACGGCUGUUCCUUCAUUGGGUAUCACCAUACGCUUUUCGCCAAAAAAGGCAGCCUGGUGUUGUCGAACUCAUACGUGGAAGGCUCCGGCGACUUUAUCUGGGGAUACGCGACGCUAUUCGCGCACCAGUCUUGGAUCGCUGUAAAUACCCCCGGGCACUCUAUCGCCGAGCAAGGACGUUCCUCGUCCGCCGCCAAAGGAGGUUUCGUCUUCGAUACGAGCUUGGUGUCACGCACGGAUUCCUGCGGGAACUCCCAUGAUACCUUCUUGGGAAGACCGCUCAACCAGUACAGUCUGGUCGUCUACAUGAACUCCUUCCUGGAUAGUAACAUCGAUCCGGCGGGCUGGAGUGGGUGGUCCACCAGCUCCCCACAGACUGCCCAUGUCCUCUUCGGCGAGUACAACAACUCUGGGCCCGGGAGCUCGCUGAGCGCGCGGGCGUCCUUUGCAACAAAGCUCUCAAAGAGGCAGGCCGCAGCGUACUCUCUAUCCGAGUGGAUCAGCGAUACUUCAUGGCUUGAUAUGGCCGCUUAUAACUACAAGCCAUCCUAUGAUCUCGCUGGAGGGGACUUGCCGGCCCCAGAAGGCGAGUCGGGUGGCUCGGGCCCGGGUCCUGGCUCGGGUUCGGGCUCUGGCUCUGGCCCUGGUGGAAACGGUGGAGCACUCGUUGUGUCCCCGACAACCAUUGCGAAUACGAAGACCUACAAGACCAUCCAGGAUGCACUUGAUCAUUUGCCCUCGGGCCACGGCAACGUCACGGUCUUCAUCUAUCCUGGCACAUACAAGGAGAAGCUUGUCAUUGACUAUUCCAGAACAAUCAUCCUGAUUGGGUAUACGAAGUCCAAGGAGGAAUACUCCAAGAACCAAGUUACAAUCCGGAGCGACUCGACAGCUUCCUCCGAUAACCACGAAGCGCUCGGUUCCAGCGCUACUAUCCUUGUCAAAAGCGGCCACCUGCGAGCUUCCAAUAUCAACAUAGUGAACAAGAGAUCAGGGACAAAGAACCGGGGGGCUGUGGCUCUGGCAAUCAAUGAGUCGGCUCGUGCCAGUCUUUACGAUUGUCAGACGAUCAGCGGCCAGAUCAGCAUACUUGUUGACGGCAAUCUCUUUGUCUCGAACAGCUACAUCGAAGGUAGUGGAAAUCCAAUCUAUGGGAGCGGCCCCGGAAAACUCGUGUGCUCUACGAUCUCACUCGAUGGGAGCGGGCGGUACAACACGGUAGAUGAACGUGAACUACGAUCUAUGCUGGGAAACCUCGUGCUGGAUCAAGUCACUUUCAGAUACCCAAGAAGCUUCGCCCCGGCGGGUCGGAUCCUGGCCUUGGAUCGUUGUCCAGCGUGUCUUUGGGGAAGCCUGAAGCCAGGAACACGCGUGCUACUUUGA